AAGAAUUAUUAUUAAUAAACUCUUCCUCAUUCAGUCAUUCUUCACUCUAAAUAUCAUCUUAAGCAAUUAAGCAUAUCAUGUUAAGCAAUAAGCAUACUGUUUCAUUGGUUUAGCUAUUGAGGAUUCAUUCUUCUUUCUGGAUUUCUGGGUUGAUCAGUAUACUAUCAGUGCUGCUGAGAUUGAGGUGAAGUGUGGAUUCAGAAUAUGAAUUAUGAAGUAAACUGCUGAGAUUGAGUUUUUCUGCGAUUUCUCCCAAAUAAUCAGAUGGAUCGUCGACCCCCAAAACCCCUCAAUCCUCCAAGGCUCAGUCAGGAUUAUGUAGAGUGUAAGAGGUUGGCAACACUUUGCAGAAAUGCGCAAACAGAUAGUCGGUUGGCGACACUCCCUGAUGAUCUAUUUUUUAAUGUAUUAUCUCGUCUCCCUGCUAGGACACUUUUUGGAUUAAGAUGUGUGUUUAAGGAAUGGAAUUAUGUUAUGAAUGAUUUUGAUUUUGCUAAACUACAUCUUAAGGUGUCCGGAAAAAGCAAUGAGAACUUGAAUCUUAUCAUUGGUGCGAAAAAUCUUCAUUUUGUUGAUCUGAAUCUGAACAAAGCACUGCAGAUCAAUCAUCCUUUAACAACUCCUGCUGGUUGGACUGAUAUAGUAGGCUCGUGUGAUGGCUUACUCUGCUUAUCUAACGUAAAAAAAGACCUUGCCAUUUGGAAUCCGCUGUCUGGAGCUUAUUAUAACCUACCUAUGAUUGAAGCACAUCCCAAAAGGAUUCAGAUUUUGUCCAAACAGUCAAUUACGGGUUUGGGUAUGAUUCUAUUAGUGAUGACUACAAGGUAGUCCAAAUUUUGCAGUUUUAUGUUGACAUUAUGGACACAGAUAGUGAAGAUUUUGCUUUCUCCGAGACAUACAUAUAUGGUUUGAAAACUAGAUAUUGGAGAAAGAUUGAAUGUUUUUCGUCCAUUCUUUGCGAUGCAUCCUCGGGCAUCUUUGCAAAUGGAAAUUUGCACUGGGUUGCACGCCAAAGACAUGAUCUGGUUAUUACUUCUUAUUUUAUUAUGUCUUUUGACCUGGGGCUCGAAAAUUGCAGAAAAGUGGAACAACCAGAAUACGGUGACAUCCACUUCGACAUGACCUUGGGGCUCAUAGGUGGAUCCCUGUGUAUCAUUUGCACGUAUCGAGAACGUGGUGCUGAUAUUUGGAUGAUGAGUGAUAAUAUUCAAUGGUGCAAGAUUAUUUCACUUACUGAGCUAAGACCAAUUCAUCACUAUGAUUUGAUUAAACCACUGAUAUACUCGAGGAAUGGAAGUGAAAUUCUUUUGGAAUUAGAUAAUGAGAGGUUCAUCUGGUAUAACCUUCAAAAGAAAUUAGUUAGGGAGGUAAAUAUACGUCAAUUACCAACAGAACUGUUUGGAACAGAAGUCUUUUGUGGAAGUUUACUAGAUCCAGAAUACAUUGGUGCCAAGAUGAUCUUAGCAGCCCUUCCUGUGAAGGUGCAGUGUUAUAUCUUUUCUCAGCUUCCUGUUAAGACCCUUGGGCAGGCUCAAUGUGUUUGCAAGACAUGGUACAAUUUCAUCAAUGGACCAGAGUUUUAUAAGAUGCAUCUUGAAGUUCUGAAGAAGUGUGACGACAGUGGCUUGUUGCUCAUUCUUAAAGGGGAAAGGUUUUUAUCAGUGAAGGCUCAGCUGCUUGAUAAAGCCAUUGAGAUCAAUCACCCACUUUUAAGUAAUAAAGAAUAUACUGAUAUUGUGGGCAGCUGUAAUGGCUUGAUCUGUUUGUGUAACAACCAGAACCAGAACUUUGCUCUGUGGAACCCAUGCACUGGCAAACAUGAAAAAGUACCUCACCCUGAUUUUCAUGUCAAGAAUUUCUUAACUCAUGGAUUUGGCUAUGAUUCUACUACUGAUGACUACAAGGUAGUGUCUAUUUUGCAACAGCACAACCGGCUCAAAGGUGGAACAGUUGAUACUGAAGUUGAAGUUUACAGUAUGAAAACGAGAAGCAGGAAACUGAUACAGCAAUUUUCUUACUUGGUUUGCAAUCCAUGCUAUGGGAUAUUUGCAAAUGGUGCUUUGCAUUGGGUGGCACGUCAAAGCCCCAAUUUGUACAGUGGCUCAGAUCUGGUCAUAGCUUUUGAUCUUGGAGUGGAGAAAUGCAGGGUUGUUAAACAGCCAAAUUAUGUUGACACAAAUUUCCACAUGAGUCUUGGUCUACAAGGAGGUAAUCUUUGUAUUCUGUGCCAUUACCCUAAAGAAAGCUUUGAUUUGUGGGUGAUGGCUGACUAUCAGACAGAGUCAUGGACAAAACUGGUGUCCAUCUCGCAACCCAAUGUAAUCAGAUGUUUUGAGUACAUGAAGCCAUUAGCAUAUUCAAAGGAUGGUUCUGAAGUCCUUUUUGAGCAAGAUAAUGAAAAGCUGUUCUGGUAUAACUUGAGGAAGAAGACAGUUGAGUAUGUAAAUAUAACUGGAGUGCCAAAGUCAUUUGAUAGUGUAAUGUGUUCAAGUAGUCUUGUUCCGUUUGGCAAUGGUACGAGGAAGUACGAGGUUAUCCAUGGGGAACCAACCAUGCACCCUAAGCCUAAGUAGGAAGGAAGAAGGAAAGAUACAAGAGUGCUGAAAUAUGGCAUUGGCUGGUGCUGCUGACUGCAGAAAUAUGGCUGGUGCUGCUGACUGCAGAAAUAUGGCUGGUGCUGCUGACUGCAGAAAUAUGGUAGAAAUAAAUGGGGAUUUACACACACCAUGGUCUGUGUAGUGUACUGUGUAAACUCUUUUAUAUACUUUUUGCUCGGUUUCAAUCUGCUAAUGAUUUGGUUGUAAUGUUGAAUUUAUUGAACUACGUAAAACGUUUAAGUACUAAGGCAGUAAGGCAUACUGAUCCGUGCUGAUGAACAUCAUA